AUGCACUUAAACUCCACAUCCGUUAUCUCCUUCUUCCUCUCCGACCUGCACUUAAACUCCAUCGCUGCCUCGCUCCCUAAUCUCCGCGUCCUAAACCUCGACACGCCAGCGGACUUCACGGCCGCGUGCGUCGAGCACGUGGCCAGCACACUCCCGCACCUCACGGCGCUCUCGCUCUGGUCCGACGCCAUCACGUGGGAGACGGUGUCUCUCCUCCUCGCGCUCCUCCCGUCGCUGCAGCGCCUCUCCCUCAUAUCCCGCGCCUUGGGUCCGCGCGCCGUGCCCCAGCCGGGCAACCAAGAGCAUGAUAUCCACGUGCGUGCUCUGCACAUCCGAGAUAUUUCAGCGGAUUCAUCCGCUGGUCCAGAAGCAGCUGGGUUGGACGCUGCAUCCCUCUUCUCCUCGCUCUCUAUUGCAAAACCCCGUCACGGCGACCUCUUUUGGUACCCAUCUGGGUCGACCCUGGCGCCCUGCCUCUCCUCCAUCCGCCUUUUCAACUUCCCCCAUCGCUCCGCUGUGAGCCACCUGUUCCGCCACCUCACCACUCUGGACAUCUCCCGAAACGAGUUGUCCCCGUGCCGGCUUUCUUCCUACGACGGUUUAGCCGAGUGGAAGAGGAGCGAGGAGGUGCUGUGUCAGGCCAUCCGGGGCCUCCCUCUCCUGGAGCGCCUCGCCCUCCCCUUGGUGUCAGAUGCCGUUCUGCUGGAGAUUUCUCAGUCCUGCCCGAAACUCACCGCCUUGCACGCCCAGCCGCUGGCUCGGUCCGUCGCUGUCGACUCUGCUGUUGACUGUGGUCUUGGGAACUUCUACCUCUGCAACUCCUCCUCACACACCAGGACCUGGCUGCGUGUUGCCCUUCCUCCUGUCCAGCCUCAUGAUACCGAUGCCGGGGUGUUGGCUAUUGCGAACGGAUGCACGCGAUUGGUGCAGCUGAGUCUGGGCGGCUGUGUGAACGUGGGGCGAGUGGGGCUGCGCCAGCUGGCGAGUGUGACUUCCACUCUCCUGCUCGCUCUCUUAGACGCAGCCAGGGAGCUUGCUGGUAAGAGUGAGAGGCGCAGAGAUGAUGGGGCAGCUGCAAUGGUGGAAGUGGAUGGGGAAUGUGAGGAGGAGAAGCCAUCUGCUGACGAGCAUGUGGGGCAUGAGAAGAAAGGGAAAAAGGAGAAAGGGUUCUAUGGAUUGCAGGAUUUCAGGCUGCGGCGGCUGCUGGUGUCUCCCAAAGUGAUUGCUGGGGACCAAUGGAAGGGGGGCAAGGAAGGUGGAAGAGAGGGAAUGGUGGGGGGUGGUGGAGAUAGUGGAGGGAUGGGUUCUGACGUGGAUUUAAGACUUGCUGCAAGGGAGGUUCAUCUUAUUCAGCUCUUCCUUUCGUUCUUUCUUGGAGCACUUUCGAAUAUGGCGACGCCGGAUAUGACACUCGCGACCGCGGCAGGCGACGACCUCCGUCCUCCGACCUCCGACUCGGUCUGCGUGCGACUCCGACCGUCGCCGUUCGUUCUCGAGGAUGCCGCGAACGACCCUACUAACGACCUCACUUCUAUUGCUAGUUCGGAUUCCAAGUCGCGUAUGCUGGAGCUGGCGACGCGCUUCGCCGCUACUCUCCGCGCUCUGGAGAUCCGUCCAGGCGCGGGUGGUAACGCGACUCGACCUGACGACGAUAAGCUAUCGGCCUACAGCAUUGUGCAGAUCCUUCAACGCGCGUCGGGAAUCGAAUCGCUCUCGCUGGUGAGCUGCGUCGAAGCGGUGCCCGAUCGUUGCACCGCGCCGCCCGGCUUCCUUCCUAUGACCAAGGUAGAGCUCGCCACAGUGGUGCUCCCGGCGCUGCCACGUCAGCUCAAAUCCCUGAAUCUGAGCUCGGAUCAUUUUCUGACCCCCUCGGCGUGCGUGACGUGGGCGGAGGGGGGCGAGGCCGCGGCGGGAGGCGCGGGUCGCGUGUGGGCCAAAGACGACGGCCUUCAAGUCGCCGGCUCGACUAACGUUCCCAUCCCCCCAUCGCAGGCGCCCGCGCCGCGCGUCCUCUCAGCCACUCCCGCCCCUGCUUCCGCUGCUGCCGCUGCUUCCCCUGAUGCCGCUGCUUCCGCUGCUGCUGCUGAAGCUCCUGCCGCACCUUCCCCCCCUCCGUCCGACCCUUCUCCUCCUUCCCCAACCUCUUCUCCGCCCGCUCCCCCUCCCCUUCCGCCCGCCCCUUCCCGCGAGCCCAUCUCCAUCCACCCGCCGCGUGUCUGCCUCACAGACGUGCAUCUGCACACCAUCGCCGCCUCCCUCCCGCACCUCACCUCCCUCAACCUCGACACGCGCGCGACCGCCAGCGCGGAGACCAUAUGCCACCUGGCGACGUCGCUGCCGCACCUCAAAGCGCUCUCGCUCAGCUCCGACGCCGUCACGUGGGAGGUGGGGUCGCUGCUGCUCGCGCUCCUCCCCUCCCUGCAGCACCUCUCCCUCGUUUCCCACGCCUUGGAUCAACCCCGCAACCACCCCGCCAAGCAUGCGGCUGCGGCGCCACUUACCGAGGCUCCUGCUUUGGCUGCCGCGGCAGCUGAUCCGGUGCUGACGGAGAGCGGCGUAGCGGGUGACCCAUCCGCUUCUUCCGACACUUUAGACUCUGAAACGGCUGCUCUUCUCUCGACGCUCUCCAUCGCCGCUCCAAAGUCUGGCGACCUUUUCUACUGUCCUCCGGACUCGUCUCUGGCGCCCUGCCUCUCCUCCAUCCGCCUCUACGUCUCGCCUCACCGCUCCGUUGCCUGGGGCUCUCCCCCCGCAUCCUCCCUUCUUCUCGCCCUCGCUGCUCGUUCCUCCUCAACGCCUCUACGGGCCUUCCACGCGCAGAACUCCCCCAGCUCCACGUGGCAGCUCGUGGGCCACCUGUUCCGCCAGCUCACCACUCUGGAUCUCUCCCAAACCGAGCCACAUCGCCCAUCAUCCCACCUGAACAGCGGCUCACCCGAGUGGAAGAGGAGUGAGGAGGUGCUGUGCCAGGCCAUCAGGGACCUCCCUCUCCUCGAGCGCCUCGCUCUCCCGCUGGCGUCAGACGCCGUUCUCACAGCUGUUUCCGAGUCCUGCCCGAACCUCACCGCCUUGCACGCCCAGCCACUAGCUCGAUUCAUUGCUGUCGCCUCUGCUGCUGCCAGCGCUGCUAAUGAUUUCCUCCUCACCACCUCCUCUUCCUACUCCAGGACCUGCCUGCGUGUCGCCCCCCCUCCUGUGCAAUCUCAUGUUACCGAUGCCGGGGUAGUGGCCAUUGCGAAUGGAUGCACGCGAUUGGUGCAGCUGAGUCUGGGCGGCUGUGUGAACGUGGGGCCAGUGGGGCUGCGCCAGCUGGCGAGGCGAUGCGGGCGGUUGGAGGUGCUGAGGCUGGCGCGCACAGCUGUGGACGACGCUGCUGUCGUGGUGGCGCUGUUCGGCGACACCUGGCAUGCUGACGCCACAGCUGGCGCUGCUUCCACUGCUUCUCUCCAGCUGCAGUUGCCCCAGCUCGUUCUGCUGGAUCUUUUUGACUGCCCGGGUGUUUCCUCCGGCCUGCUGCUCUCCCUCUUGGCAGCGGCAAGGGAGCUUGCUGGCAACGGUGGAGACGGGGAGGAGGUGAGGGCUGGGAGAGAGGGAAGCCGCCCCGGACUGCAGGAUUUCAAGCUGCAGAGGCUGCUGGUUUCGCAUGGAGUUAUUGCUGGCAAGGAAGGUGGAAAGGAAGGAGAGGGAAGUGGAAGUGGUGUUGCUGGUGUGGACCUGAGGGUUGCAGCAAGGGAGGUGGGAAUGCUACUGCCAGGACUGGUGGUGACGUGCCGACGGAUGGCGGAGCAUGUUCUGCCUUGGGAUGGUUUCUUUGGAGAGAGGAAGCUUGCUCUGUGCAAUACUGAUGAUGGUGAUGUUUAG